AUGACUUGUCGCUUUCCCGACCUCUGCCAUCACUAUAGCUAUGGAUCAUCCUCCGGCUCCUUCCAGCGUUCUGUGAAGAUAUCGAACGUCGUUGCCCACCAUCUGCCUGAAGUCUCGCACUUCUUUCAUCUCUCUCACGACUUCGAACUGAGAAUUCAAGUUGGGCGAAGUAUAAGGAAGUUAACUGAACAGCUUCGAAUCGGGGAUUAUGUUUGGAGUGACCCCCAAUACUUUUCCGACGUAUAUGAAGAUGCCGGCCUUGAUCUACAGUUUUGGUCCAGCAACGGGCACUACUACGGAGGUUGGAAGUGCACGUUGCGCUCGCUUGUUGACCACACCCUCAAGUGCGACGACUCACCAUGCGAAGAACAUGGGACUCGGACAUGGCAGGCGAUCAUUCGCCGACCGCUUGCAGGUGCCUCUUUCUACCGGCAAGUGGGGGCUGACGUUGAGUUUACGCUCUCCGUUACGACACCCAUGUCUGGAAAGCUUGCCAGAACCUCAUCGAUAUUAUCUUUGCAUUCUAAGAAAGAAGUAUUCGCCGCAUCCGACCUGACUUCAAAUGCGUAUGAAACCGACGUACCCCAUCUUGGGGCUCACCUAGCCGUUGACAUAGCGGUCAGCAACUUAAAACAAGUCGCCAAGGAGUUUUCGCAGGUUACCCAAUCUAAUAUUCUGGCCGCAUUGAAGUCACUUCUCAUCAAGGUUGAGGCGCUCUCCCGGCUAGUGGAACCUUUUGCUCAAAUUCACAUAUCCACGAAGCUCGCGUUUUACACUCUGAAGGGCGCGGUCGGGGUCAUUUUAGCCCAAAUGGAUCGCGAUUCGAGAAUGGUCAGCCUAAUCGACACGAUAGCCGACGUGUACAAUCUUAUUCUCGAUCGUCCAUUCUUCAAUGUUGCCUCCGUCGAAGCCGUUGUUAAGGAUCUGGCGACCCAGACAUUGGAGUGUAGCCACUUCAUCCUAGAGUAUUUUAGGCAGAGCUUCGGCGAGCGCCAGUGGCGUUAUCUGGCCUCAAACAUAGACCGAGCCAUUGCAGGAUAUGAGCAGAGCUUCAGGGGACUCGGGGAAAGGCUAAAGACUCGGGUUGAGUUCGCUACCGCUAAGACGGUGGUACGCACUCUGGGUCGGGUCGAGGACGUCGCCAUGAACAUUGACCUGAACGAUAUGCCGUACGCCAGUGACGCACGUUACGACAGGUCACAUGUCGACUUUUCUUCCUGCGAUGCCAUGGUAUUGCAGAAAAUAUGCCAAUGGGUAAACUCGUCCAAUGGCUCGGAGGAGAGCGUACUCUUGCUGACAGGACUCGGCUCCCCUCCCGAGGCCACCCUAUCCCACACAGUGGCCCAUUUCUUUGACUACUUCGAGCGUCUCGGGUCAUCGUUCUUCUUCGGAAACACAGUAGAAACCAAAUACAUGUUCACGACCAUUGCCCGCGAUCUCGCUGACCUCGACGACGGGCUGCGAGCUACGCUCUACCGUAUUAUCAAGCGCCGACGCUGCGUAAGGCGGACCUCGUCUAUCCUGGAGCAGUUUCAGGAGUUCGUGGUACCGUGCUUCCCACCUCCAAGUCCCGCAUCAUGCGUCAACGUGGGGCCUAUCCUCAUUGUGUUGGAUCGCCUAGACCAAUGCAGCGUGAUUGGUAGCAAGCAAAGGCAAGCCAUUCUGACCAUCUUGGCCAAGGAGGUCCCGAAAUUAUCUUCAAAUGUAAAAUUCUUGGUCACGUCGAGUCGAGACGAGGACAUCAUUCAAGCUCUUCGAAAUCAACCUCAUGUUAGGGAGAUGUAUGUAUAGGUCGCAGCGAGCUCUCGUUCCCUCAUACACGUCCAUUAUCGCCUGGACUCUUUCUGCUUAUGUGCAUCAAUAUGUGUUAACUAGUCC